UCCCAGACCCAGCUACCUCGCUCGCGCCUGUCCUGCCGUCUUGCUUCGCGGCUUGUGUUAGCUUCACACACAUAUUAAGCUUCAAUCUGCUGCUGUCGCUGGGACCAGCGCGCUGUUCAUUUUUCUUCAACUUGUUUAGAGCUCUUGCUGGCAAGCCAGACCGGCGUCAACCAAAGCGAUACACAGUACUUAUUAGUUUUGCUGGGCAGUUGUAAUGACAAAAAACAUCGUGGACGCAAAAAGCCUCGCGGAGCUCAAGCAGCUGUGCGGGCCAGAGACCGACGCCCUGCUCCGCAAGGGCGGGGAAUGGGGUCUGGAUGAAGCGACGCUGCGGAGGUGGCUGGUUGCGCGCAAGGGCAACGUGGCAGAAGCGGCCAAAGACCUGAAAGCGCAUGCGGUCUGGCGCGCUACCUACGUUCCUCAGGGCCGUAUCCAGGAGCACGAGAUCCGGCACGAGCUGGACCAGGCCAAGGCCUUCCUGCCCGGCACCGACCGCGACGGCCGGCCGCUGUGCGUGGUGGUGGUGAGCCGGCACGAGAUGAAGGACGCGGACGCCAGCAAGCGCUACAUCGCUUACAGCCUGGACUGCGCCGUGGCCAUGGGCGCCAACACGCCGGGGUGGGACGGCAAGAUGAGCGGCAUCUUCGACCUGCGCGGCCUCAAGGCCUCCAACUGCGACUUCGCCACGCUUAAGGCCGUGUUCGAUCUGCUGCAGAACCACUACCCGGAGAGGCUGCACAAGCUGUGGCUGUUCUGCGCGCCCGUCAUCUUCUACGGCCUGUGGAAGCUGGUGUACCCCUUCAUCGACCCAGUCACGCGUGAGAAGGUGCAGUUCGUGUACGAGAAGGACGCCAACAAGGACUUCACCGAGGGCUUCGAGCCCUGCAUGCUGCCGCCCGAGAUCCAGCCCACCGGCACGGGCCGCUGGAUCAGUGUGGAGGAGCGCUGGAAGAUGUUGCUGGCGGAGCAGGAGGCGGCGGCGGAGGCCAACGGCGCGGCGGCGGUUGCCGCAAACGACGGCACCAACGGCGCCAACGGCACCAACGACCACGUGGCGGCGGCGGAGGCGCAGCCCGACGUCCCCAUGCGCAGCGUGCAGGUGGUGGCCUGACGGGACGCCGGCUCCACGGCGGCAACGGCGGGUGCGGGGGUGGCGGCAGCAGCUGCAGCAGGUGUGGGCGGGGGGCCUGCGGGGUUGGAGGGGCGGCGGUAGCUGCACGGCGGCAGCUACUGCGGCUGCAGCAGCACGACGGGGAGGGUGCAAAAAGCCGUGGGGCCGAAUGGCACAAACGCGAACACAACAGGAGCAGAGCGGAGCGGACCGGAGCGAAGCAGGGGAGGGCAGGGGAGCAGCUCAAGACGGCGGCUUUCCCUUGAGGCGUGAGUGCCCGAGUGGCGUGGGCGCGGGUAGAGGUGACUGAAGAGCGGGAGUGAGAGGCGUGGGCGUGGGGACCACGUCGGAAGACCUUGCAGGUGUGGCUGUCGGAGUUUAUGCCUGCUGCAUGACAUGUGUAUGCGUGUGUCCUGUGUGCGUGUGCGUGUGCGUUGAAGUGCAAACGGUAUGUGCUACAACAGCCGAGGCGCACAGGCAGCUCCCUGGCUGUUGAGUCCCAGGUUCGGGCGUGCGCGGGGUUUGUCUCAACGGCACGAUUACUGGCGUUGAACUUCGUAGCUAAAUAGCAGUGCAGAUAGCAAUAGCUACACGUCCGCAACAAGAGCGCCUUGGGGUCUGGCAAAGGGACUGGGAACACAUCCGCACGGCUAUGUGUGUGGGUGGUGUGCUGCCGGCGGCAUAUGGGGUUCCGCCGGUAUGCCAAGUCGCUGUCAGGGCCCUGGUUUGUGAUGGCGGCGGUAGCAUGCCUGGGGCAGUUCUUGGAGGUAGGGUGAUGGUUGCCUUUUGCGGUGGUUAGCGGCAGUGGACACGACACUCGGUCGCUGUGAAGCCACGUGUCGCAUGCCGCAAAUUGAGUUGCGUCCUGCGCGGAGCUCAAUCGAGGGCACCCACCCUGACGAUACAAACUGAUGGGCCGGGUUGAACAUGGUCCGCAACAAUACAGCUGGCGGGCGCCGAGCGGCCCAGCCACAACCACUGACCAACAACUGAUCGAGUACCGUACGUUUGGUUGGUUGGUGGCUUGGUCGACUAUCCGGAUACCUGUGUGUGGAGAGACGACGACAAUAUGUUAUCGAUGAUGCUUUAAGGAAUCGAAUGCGCUCGAUGCACGAUCUAGUCAGGGUUGGCAAGCAGGCACGAAACUUCCUGACUUGGCGUGGAGGCUGGUGAAUGAUGUGCGGGCGGCUGGAAUGGGAGCGGAGAGCAACGGGGGGAUGCAGACAGAAGCCGUAUCGUUAUGAGGCUCGUGCAGACUGGUUGCACGUCGUGUGUUGAUGGCGGGUGGACUGCAGGACAUCGAGCGGUGUUGGACAUGGGGUAGCAGCAUACAUAUCAUGGGGGGGGGGUCGUGGCGGGAAGUUGUGGACGACUCGCCUGGCGGGCCGCCAACCAUCCGGUUUGCGUGUGGCGCGCUGAGAAUGCGUGUGAUAUUGUUACAAGCUUACAAACAAAGCGGCGGCUACGACUGCGCUAAAUCAAAGUAAAGUGGAAGGCGGGAGGUGCGUGGCAGGGAAGAAGGAACUAAGCGGGUGGUGUCGGGGCGGGGCGAAACGCGCAGGGACCGCCCGCACUACUUCCACCCGACUUUGCCG